CUGGAAGUUUACUCGUAAAGAAUGACCUUUCUGCGACCCUGUGCUGUAUUUACCAAAAACAAGUUCACACGCACUGAACCUGCAAGACUAGCGAAGAGAAAGCUAUGAAACUGCGAGCAUGCCUGCGCCAUUGUGGAUCUGUUUGUGACAACGACGCUCAACUUGAAUUAACCUGAUAUACUUCUAAAAACAUUAUCAGGGGUAUCGCGUUAGUGUUUGAACAUCUCACUCUGAAGAAGAGGACGGGAAAUAUCAAUAUAAUUACACGAAACACAGAUUAUAUAUCUGCGUGAAACUCGCAGCAUCGACGCUGCUGCCGCCUGAUAGAGAAAGGACUAUACCAACUCCGGCAUGGGGGAGGGGUUACCUGAAUUCAAAUUGUAUUCACUGGGGAAAAUAUAGAGCUACAAACAGCUCGAUUAUGAUGUUAAAAUUGAAAGUCAUAUUCAUUUUUUAUUAAAAGAUCCCCGGUAUCACAAUUUCCUUUGCGGUCCAUAUUAGAUGAAUUGUCAGACCGCGCUGAUCGGUUUGUAUUUUGUGAUUGGUAUAUUCCUCGUCCUGUGGGAGACAGACCCGUUCAGACACUGAGGGAGAGCAGAGAGGAGGUGAGAGAGUCUGCAUGGAGCUCUACAAUGUGUUUAUAAACUACAGAGCGCUGUUAUAUUGUAUUAUUUUGAAAGGUCCGGGUUGUAGUGUGGUAGGAGCGCGUUGUUUUAUCUGUUCAGACACUGAGGGAGAGCAGAGAGGAGGUGAGAGAGUCUGCAUGGAGCUCUACAAUGUGUUUAUAAACUACAGAGCGCUGUUAUAUUGUAUUAUUUUGAAAGGUCCGGGUUGUAGUGUGGUAGGAGCGCGUUGUUUUAUCCGUUCAGACACUGAGGGAGAGCAGAGAGGAGCUGCUACUAAGCAGAAUCCUGUGUGCUGCCAUGGACAGUGUGAAGAUGGAAUCUGUCCAGAUUAAAGAGGAGUUCUCUGAACCUGAACUUGUCCCCUUUAGAGCGGAGAUCGCUGGGCUGGCUUCCCUCCCCAUUAAACAGGAGCUCUGUGAGAUGCAAUGUGACAGCAGUCAGCCAGAGGUAUCUGAGAUUAAAGCUGAGCACAGUGAAUUGGAGAUCUCUCAGACAGAAGAACCCCUUCCUGUGAAACAAGAAGAGGUGCUGGAAAUUAACCAUAUUAAACAGGAGCCCCCUGAAGUAGAGUUUGCCCACAUGGAACCAGGGAAGGAAGAAUCCGAGGACUUCAAACCAAACAUCCCUAAGCUGGAGAGAGUCUGUGUGAGAGAGCAAGGUGCUGGAGAGGAAGGCUCUCCCAACAGCAUGCAAGGAGGUGGAAAGGAAGACGGGCAGUCACAUUCAGAAUGCAAUCUAGCAGGUUCCAGUCCAGCAGCUAAAGCGAGGGCAGGCGGUGGAGAAUAUCCUGACUGUGGGAAAGGUUUCAUGCAGAUAGGGCAUUUAAACAAAACCCAGCGAACUCACACAGGCGAGAAACCGUAUUGCUGCACUGACUGUGGGAAGAGUUUCAGACAGUCAAACAGCCUUGUUUUACACCAGCGAACUCACACAGGCGAGAAACCGUGUCACUGUUCUGACUGUGGGAAGAGUUUCAGUCGGUCAGACAGCCUUGUUUCACACCAGCGAACUCACACAGGAGAGAAACCGUAUCAGUGUUCUGACUGUGGGAAGAGUUUCAGUCGGUCAGACAGCCUUGUUUCACACCAGCGAACUCACACAGGAGAGAAACCGUAUUACUGCUCGGACUGUGGGAAUAGUUUCAGUCGGUCAGACCACCUUGUUUCACACCAGCGAACUCACACAGGAGAGAAACCGUAUCACUGCUCGGACUGUGGGAAUAGUUUCAGUCGGUCAGACCACCUUGUUUCACACCAGCGAACUCACACAGGAGAGAAACCGUAUCACUGUUUUGACUGUGGGAAGAGUUUCAGACAGUUAGGAAGCCUAAAAGAACACCAGCGAGUUCACACAGGAGAGAAACCGUAUCACUGUUCUGACUGUGGGAAGAGUUUCAGUCAGUUAGGAAGCCUAAAAAAACACCAGCGAGUUCACACAGGAGAGAAACUGUGUUGCUGCUCUGACUGUAGGAAGAGUUUCCAUCUUAAACAAGCCGUUCAAAAACACCAGCGAAUUCACAGAGGAGAGGAACCUUAAAGACUAUUUUGUGUAUCACUCUUAACCCUUUGUGGUCCAUUUUUUCAGCAUGUAUGUUUUGUGUAUCACUCUUAAGAGCAUGCAUUUGAAAAUGUAAAAAUGCAAAUCAACUCUCUUGCUCUCUGUCAAAGUGGGCGGUGACGCUAACACAUCACAAGAGGCUUCUCUGCUGUCAGUUUUCUCUGCAGUCAGUACCUGGGAGCGAAAAUAUGCAGAAAGGAAACUAUUCCACACCUCAUCUGAUGGACGAGUUGGGAUAAAUCAAUAACUCGGUGUGGAAAUGAGUUUCAGAGUUUAACAUUUGAACUUCAUUAACUUGAAAAUAAAUAAAUUGAUGGGAAUGAGUAUCCAGACCCCUGAUGUAGCAUCCCAGAGACGAGACUGCAGCGUCCUUACUGGGCAACCGCCUGGAGGAUGGGUCUUGGAAAUUCAUCACUAUUCAAAAACGUAUGAAAACUGAUAGUGUUGCAGCAGGCAUGUGUACGGAUCUUGGGUACAGAAAGUCAUAGCGGUUUCAUCCCUGGCUCUUUCUUGCUCUUUUGCAAUAUCUUGCACUUGGUGACAAAUUCCCAAUGAAAAUGUAGCUGAGCUAUGACUAUUAAUCAGGAUUCGUACGCUAGUCUGGAAGUCUGGAAAAAGUAUGGAAAAAUGCAAAACUGAUUUCCAGGGCUUGAAAAUGCUUGAAAAACCACGUCUCCGUUAUGAAAGUCUUGAAAAAGUCUGGAAUUUUACUAGCAUCACGGGAGAAAUGAAAAUGAUUCUGCGAUUACUUUUAUUAUUAAUAAUAAUUGAUCUCUAAAGCGGGUCAGCAGCUCUAGCAGUAACUGUCUAGACAGUUUACUAGUAGCAGCUAUGUUGCUUGUGACCAAAUCCCGCGAGGAUUGCCCCGUGUAACACCCCUGACAACGCCCUGACAACUCAAAAGCAAUCCUAUCCAGUCAGCGCACUGGUAUAUGUCACAUGACUGUCUGUUCCAGUGAAACGAAGGGUAAAAUGGAGUCUAUGACAGCCAAGGCUAUGAUUUUUAAACACAGUUACAGACUGGAAUUACAAGCUGCUGUUCUCUGCUCACCGAGAUUCACAUUGUGUUAUCUUGUUGUUACCUUUAUUAAAUCGUUAAUGUUAUUUCCCAACCCAGGAAAAAAAAAAUCGAAUACGAUAGUUAGGGUGUAUUCACACUGGGUUCAUUUCAAACAUCCUCAGUUCGGUUCAUUUGCUUUGAAGCAGUGUAUCAAUGUGCUAGCUGUUCACACUUGCCUUGUAUACAAACGUACUGAGUUUGUUUGGAAAUUAACUGGGGCUCGUUUUCGUGGUUCACUUCCAUGUUUUCCCAGGACUCAGUUCACUUGUGUUCAUAUUGAAAUAAUCAGGGCAGCAGUGUGGAGUAGUGGUUAGGGCUUUGGACUCUUGACCGGAGGGUCGUGGGUUCAAUCUCAGGUGGGGACACUGCUGCUGUACCCUUGAGCAAGGUACUUUACCUAGAUUGCUCCAGUAAAAACCCAACUGUAUAAAUGGGUAAUUGUAUGUAAAAAUAAUGUGUAAAAAAAAAAAUAAUAAUUGUAUGUAAAAAUAAUGUGAUAUCUUGUAACAAUUGUAAGUCACCCUGGAUAAGAGUGUCUGCUAAGAAAUAAAUAAUAAUAAUCAAGUGAACUCGUUUUUUAUUAAUAAAAGACCAUCGGAUGUUUACAUUUUCUGGCAUUGCUUCUUCACACUAUGUAAAUAUUCAAAUACAAUAGCAGUACAGCAGCCUUCUGUAUAUAUUGUUUAAUGUUUUGCUUUUUUUCAUUUAUAUAAAAUCCUCGUAUAUUGAAAAAAAAACUACGGUAUUGUAAUAAUGACAACAGAUAU